GUCACCGUCUAGAGCAAGGGAUCAGCCACCAGCCCCGCCCACUCUCUCAUAGGCUGCAGCUACCCGUCACUCAGCCAGCCCCGCCCCUGUCUCUAGCUAUUGGUCGAAGGGUCCAAUCACUCAGUCCCCUUUCUCCCGCCCAUAGCUCGCAGCCCCGCCCCCUCUCCCUCCAAAUAACGUCACGAUGAGUGACGGGAAUCUCCGACCAAUGGCGGUUGGAGUGAGCGGGGCUGGAAGAUGAGUGACGGGACGCUGCGCUUUACGAUUGGGAGGGUGGGCGGAGGUGCUACUGGUUGCUUAGUGACUGCGGCUGUCCUACCCAUAAUCCCAUGCGCUAACCCUCCAGUAUACAGGUCAGUAGUCGGUGGAGUGAAUAUCGGAGUGGCAGAAGGGAUCUUCUGACGUAUCUAGGGGAGGAGCUACGUUACCUGGGGGAGGAGCUACGGACGAACAGGGCACCUGAAAAGUACCCUCGCCACGCUUCGGGCUCGGUGGCUCCGCUCCGCUAAAGGAUUGCACAGUAGUGAAGAAGACAUCCAAUGAGUGUGAGACACCCAGCAGCCAUCCCCGUUUGUCAGAAGGGCUAAGCAGAACCCAGAGCUCAAUUACGGUGCCUCCACCUCACUCACUGAUACAUGAGAGACACAGUGACCAGAAGAUCCUUGAACUCACCAACAAGAUCAUUCAUCUGCUGACUGGAGAGGAGGAGGACUAUAUAGAGGAACACAGGGUCUGUACAAGGACGUGAUGAUGGAGAAUCACCGGCCCCUCACAUCACUGGAUGGACCCAGUAACAGAGAUACCCCGGAGAGAUGUCCCCGUCCUCUGUAUUCCCAGGAUUGUACAGAGGAGAAUCACAGGAUCCCACAGGAGGAUCAGGUAGAACGUCUAUCUGAUAUUAAAACAGAAGAUACAGAGGGAGAAGAAGAGACGUAUGUGACUGAUAUAAAGGCAGAAGAUAUAGAGGGAGAAGAAGAGACGUAUGUGACUGAUAUAAAGGCAGAAGAUAUAGAGGGAGAAGAAGAGACGGCUGUGAUUGAUAUAAAGGCAGAAGAUAUAGAGGGACAAGAAGCGACGUAUGUGGCUGAUAUAAAGGCAGAAGAUAUAGAGGGAGAAGAAGAGAUGUAUGUGACUGAUAUAAAGGCAGAAGAUAUAGAGGGAGAAGAAGAGACGUAUGUGACUGAUAUUAAAACAGAAGAUACAGAGGGAGAAGAAGAGACAUAUGUGACUGAUAUAAAGGCAGAAGAUAUAGAGGGAGAAGAAGCGAAGUAUGUGACUGAUAUAAAGGCAGAAGAUAUAGAGGGAGAAAAAGAGACAUAUGUGACUGAUAUAAAGGCAGAAGAUAUAGAGGGAGAAGAAGCGAAGUAUGUGACUGAUAUAAAGGCAGAUGAUAUAGAGGGAGAAGAAGAGACGUAUGUGACUGAUAUGAAGGCAGAUGAUAUAGAGGAAGAAGAAGCGAAGUAUGUGACUGAUAUAAAGGAAGAAGAUAUAGGCAGAGAAGAAGAGACGUAUGUGACUGAUAUGAAGGCAGAAGAUAUAGAGGGAGAAGAAGAGACGUAUGUGACUGAUAUAAAGGCAGACGAUAUAGAGGGAGAAGAAGAGACGUAUGUGACUGAUAUGAAGGCAGAAGAUAUAGAGGAAGAAGAAGCGAAGUAUGUGACUGAUAUAAAGGCAGAUGAUAUAGAGGGAGAAGAAGAGACGUAUGUGACUGAUAUAAAGGAAGAAGAUAUAGGCAGAGAAGAAGAGACGUAUGUGACUGAUAUGAAGGCAGAAGAUAUAGAGGGAGAAGAAGAGACGUAUGUGACUGUUAUAAAGGCAGAAGAUACAGAGGGAGGAGAAGAGAUGCAUGUGAGAGGUGAUCAGCAGUGUAAGGAGGAGGAGAUCCCUACUGAUAUCAGCACAGAUGGACACACAAGCAGGAAUAUCUCAGAAGGACAUCUAAUGUUAUCCCCGGAUUGUGACAUAAAAGAUAAUGACAGUAGACAGGAUUCUCCAGGAGAUAACCCCAUUACCCCAAUUAUACAUCCAGCUCUAUCAGCUGAUCCCUCUGAUACUGGGAAAUGUUCUCCUGAUCACUCUGAUAUUGGUGCAUCUGUUACAGCUCUAACAGUAGAUACAGUGUUUCCCUGUUCUAUAGAUGCCAAAUGUUUUACACAGAACACAAAGCUUAUCACCCAUCAGGCAGCUAAGGCAGGUGAUAAGCCAUUUCCAUGUUCUGAGUGUGGGAAAUGUUUUACAUACAAAUCAUAUCUUGUUAGACAUCAGAAAAGUCACACAGGUGAGAAUACAUUUCCAUGUUCUGAGUGUGGGAAAUGUUUUGCACAUGAAUCAUAUCUUAUUAAACAUCAGAGAAGUCACACAGGUGAGAAGCCAUUUUCUUGCUCUGAGUGCGGAAAAUGUGUUACACGGAAAUCACAACUUGUUGCACAUCAGCGAAGACACACAGGUGAGAGGCCAUUUCCAUGUUCUGAGUGUGGGAAAUCUUUUAUACAGAAAUCACAACUUGUUAAACAUCAGCGAAGUCACACAGGUGAGAAUACAUUUCCAUGUUCUGAGUGUGGGAAAUGUUUUACACCCAAAUCGUAUCUUGUUAUACAUCAGAGAAGUCACACAGGUGAGAGGCCAUUUCCAUGUUCUGAGUGUGGGAAAUGUUUUACACGGAAAUCAUAUCUUGUUAAACAUCAGCAAAGUCACACAGGUGAGAAUACAUUUCCAUGUUCUGAGUGUGGGAAAUGUUUUGCACAUAAAUCAUAUCUUAUUGAACAUCAGAGAAGUCACACAGGUGAGAGGCCAUUCCCAUGUUCUGAGUGUGUAAAAUGUUUUGGACACAAAGCAGAUCUUAUUAAACAUCAAAGAAGUCACACAGGUGAGAAGCCAUUUUCUUGCUCUGAGUGUGGGAAAUGUGUUACACGGAAAUCACAACUUGUUGCACAUCAGCGAAGACACACAGGUGAGAGGCCAUUUCCAUGUUCUGAGUGUGGGAAAUCUUUUAUACAGAAAUCACAUCUUGUUAAACAUCAGCGAAGUCACACAGGUGAGAAUACAUUUCCAUGUUCUGAGUGUGGGAAAUGUUUUACGCCCAAAUCGUAUCUUGUUAUACAUCAGAGAAGUCACACAGGUGAGAGGCCAUUUCCAUGUUCUGAGUGUGGGAAAUGUUUUACACAGAAAUCACACCUUUUUAGACAUCAGAAAAGUCACACAGGAGAGAAUCCAUUUUCUUGCUCUGAGUGUGGGAAAUGUUUUACACGGAAAUCAUAUCUUGUUAAACAUCAGCAAAGUCACACAGGUGAGAAUACAUUUCCAUGUUCUGAGUGUGGGAAAUGUUUUGCACAUAAAUCAUAUCUUAUUAAACAUCAGAGAAGUCACACAGGUGAGAAGCCAUUUCUAUGUUCUGAGUGUGGGAAAUGUUUUACACAGAAAUCACAUCUUGUUAGACAUCAGAAAAGUCACACAGGUGAGAAACCAUUUUCUUGCUCUGAGUGUGGGAAAUGUUUUACACGGAAAUCGCAUCUUGUUAUACAUCAGCGAAUUCACACAGGUGAGAAUCCAUUUCCAUGUUCUGAGUGUGGAAAAUGUUUUGGACACAAAUCAGAUCUUAUUAAACAUUAUAGAAGUCACACAGGUGAGAAGCCUUUUUCUUGCUCUGAGUGUUGGAAAUGUUUUGCACAUAAAUCAGAUCUUGUUACACAUCAGAGAAGUCACACAGGUGAGAAGCCUUUUUCUUGCUCUGAGUGUGGGAAAUGUUUUACACGGAAAUCACAACUUGUUACACAUCAGCGAAGUCACACAGGUGAGAAGCCAUUUCUAUGUUCUGAGUGUGGGAAAUUUUUUGGACACAAAUCAGAUCUUAUUAAACAUUGUAGAAGUCACACAGAUGAGAAGCCAUUUUCUUGCUCUUAGUGGGAAAUGGUGUUUAAGUAAAUUACAUCUAGUUAUACAUCAGAGAAGUCACACAAAUGAGAAGCCAUUUCCAUACUCUGAGAAGUAAAUCAGCUCUUGUUGCACACAAUAGACAUCACUCAGGUGAGGAACCAUUUUAAUAUUCUGGAGUAUACUCAUCAUUGCCAUGUGGUUCUUAUCCUAUCUCAUAUGCUAUUUGCAAUAUACAUGCUACCGCAGGGUGAAAUAAUCAGAUGUCAUGCCCUCAUCUACCACUGCUAUACAGAUGACCUGUCUUUUGCUCCGGGUACUGAGAACCCAGUACCAUUCCUAAAUGGUUGUCUAGCUGAGCUCCAGGUGUGGGUGAUGCCAGUUGACUGUGACUCAGUCCUGGUGAAACAGGUACACAUGAUAGAAGCUCACCGUCAUAGGGCAGGGCUACAACUCAGCUUUGCAAACCAACCAGACUUACGCUUGGGCGUUCAGAGUUAGAAAAUACUGAUCCUGUGUGGAAUCUUGGUGUCCUGGAUUGUGGAGUGACACUUAGACAUCAGGUAUCAGCCACAAUCAGAUCCUCAUCUGAGGAACAUAGCCAGACUCCAGCACUUAUUUCCCUCAGAAGAUCUACCUACAGUCAUACAUGCACUUGUAUCAUCACGCAUAGACUACUGCAAUGUCCUCUACCUGGGUCUCCCAGCAAAAGAAUUGCACCGUUUGUAGCUUGUACAGAAUGCAGCAGCCAGGCUGUUACCUAACCAGCCCGUUCCUGCCACAUAACACCCAUUCUCUGGUCCCUUCACCGGCUGCCUGUAAUAUGGGGACUCUAUUACAUAAUCUUACUGACUCUCCCAGCCCUACAUGACCAGGGUUCAUGGUACCAGAAGCAAAUUCUGCCUCCUUACUGCCCUGCUUUCUUACUUCCACCUGCAGUGCUGAGAUGUCAUGGGGGAGACAGGGUAGGUGGCAGUAGUGGGGAGGGGAGACAGGGCAUGCGACAGUUCGUAGAUGGAAAAGAUGAGAUAUGAGCUGCACUCUGGAAGCUUAUAGGGGGUUAAUAAGAGAUGACGCAGAUGUGACAUCACGCAGCCCCCCUCCCGGAAAAUGGUCCUGGCCCACCCGCAUUUACCCCUAGGGAUGCGACCACAAUGUGUGUCUGAGCAGCCGCUGCGCACGUGCAUUUUGCCACCACCAGCAGACUGCUGCGCGGCGCUAUUGCGGCUUGGUCUGAAUGACCCCCAUAGGCUUUUGGCUCCUGAUAUGUAUCUGCUUUACUUAUCUGCAAAACUGAAACAUAACCUGAAUUGUUUCUGCUUUAAAGAAUAUUUCUCUUAUGUCAUAGAGGUCCACUAGGAGCCAUGGGCACUUUAAAUGUUUCACAAUGUGGGCUGGCUCCUCUCUCUAUGCCCCUCCUACCAGACUCAGUUUAGUUAAUGUGCCCGGAGGAGCCGGUCACAGCUAGGGGAGCUCCUAGGAGUUUUCUUAGUUUUAUUGUUUUCUAGAGUGUUAUUUUACAGGAGGCUGUUUGGCACCAGUCUGCCGGCUUUCUGGGACUUAGGGGGGAGAAUGGACCAACUUAAUACAAAGUUACUGGCUCCAUUACUCUGCUGACAGGACACUGAGCUCCUGAGGGAAAUGUCCACAACCCCCACUAUGGUGACCGCACACUCCCGCAGCACGCUGACACACCCCUACAGAGCCAGAAGACUGAAGAGUGGUGAGUACAGCGCCGGAUUCCCGGUUAGUGGGUCGCCGGUGGGUAUGGCGGCACAAUGGUGGGAGCGCAGCUCUGGUUUCAGGCUGCGCUCCUGGAAGGCUCAGCAACAUAUUAACUGUAUGUCAGCGCUAUGAGGGGCGUUCAGAGCCAGCAAGACUACCCUACACUGGUCUGACUGGGGCUGUGUCCCGCUGUCACACAUAAUACCACAAGGCCAGUAUAAACAAAAGGGCGGGGCUUCCACUCAGGGCAGACCCAGCAGCUCACCAGCGCCAUUUUCUCCCCGCAGAUCUCACUACAGGAUGCUGACAGGGAAGCGCUGCCCCUCCAGACAACUCCAGCUUACCUCUGCGGUACCAGGGGGUUAUAGAGGGGGAAGUGUAAUUAAAUGGUACUAGCUACCCUAUUAAGGGUAAUUAGUCAGCGCCGGGCUUUUAUACUAUUAGCCAGAUAGGGCGCUGUGUGGCUGGUUCCUCAUACUCUGUGACUCUCUGAAGGUACUCUGGGGGAAGCUGACAUUUUCCUGAGUGUGUGUGCGCAUAUUUCUCACAUUACCAUGUCAGGGGACUGUGGGGGUCAUUCUGAGCACAGCUAUGAUCAAUCACACUGACAUGCGGGGGGACGCACAGGGCUAGUCCGCCCUGCAUGUCAGUGCCGGCCCCCCACAGAAGUGCUAAGGCAUCGCUCCCGGCCAGCACAGCUUUAGCCGAGAGCUUGUCAUCGCUCCACAGCUCGCUGCGGCUGCAGCCCACCACCCGUUUGGUACAGCCACGUCUGCGUUGGCCGGACCGCUCCCACAAAACGGCGACCAAAUGCCGACGUUCCGCCCCCUCCCGCCUAGCGACUGCCUCUGCCUGUCAAUCAGGCAGAGGCAAUUGUAUCCCUGAUACGGCCUUCAGCUGCCUGGCCGGCGCAUGCGCAGUAGGGACCCGUUCGCUUGGCUGUGACAAAAAGCAGCGAGCGAACGGGUCACAAUGACCCCUUGUGUGUCUUGUACUGCAGAGUGUUAUCUCCAGGGAAGUCCCUGCUGUGUACUCAAAACAGUACACCUCAGGCUUCUGGGUCUGAACCCGUUUGGGUGGACUCCAUAAGGGGUAUGAUAUCAAAUAUCUCUACCAGAUUAUCCCAUACUGAGAAAGAGACGCCGUUUUUGAGAAAGUCUGUGGAGGAUCUGAUGAAUAGGGAUUCAGCCCCCACAACUGCGCCUCUUACCCCACCCACGUAUCCACAAAAGCGUACACUGGCCCAGAUAAUGCAUGCUGAUACCGAUGCCUCAGAUACAGGAGACGGUGAGGUGGAUCUGGGUGGAUGAUGCAGCUCCUGCCCGAGGGGUACAAGCUAUGAUUGAGGCCAUUAGGGAUAUUUUGCAGAUAACUGAGAAGGUUCCUGUUCAGGAAGAGGAAUCUUAUUUUAAUGUAAAAAAUAAAUCCUCGGUUACCUUCCCUGCAUCAAAGGAGUUAUACUCCCUAUUUGAAGGAACCUGGGAAAACCCAGAGGAAAAAUUCCAAAUCCCUAAAAGGCCGCUCAUUUCUUUCCCUCAGGAGUAUAGGAAGAAGUGGGAAAACCCAUCUAUUGUGGACGCCUGUGUCUAGAUUGUCAAAUAAAGUUGUUUUACCUGUUCCUGGUACAGCCUACUUAAAGGAUCCGGCUGACCGCAAGAUUGAGACUACGCACAAAUCACUAAACUGCUACAGGAGUGGCUCAGAGACCGACUAUUGAUUGUGCGUGGAUUUCUAGGUCCAUAGUAUAGUGGUCAGGAACCUUACUAGAUGAUUUAGAGUCUAUAAAUGGAGUGACAUUGACAUCUUUUUACAUCACAUACAGGAUUCCGCAGGCUUCAUGGUGGAGGCCAUGAAGGAAAUUGGCCUGCUAAAUGCAAGUGCCACAACUAUGGCACAGUUUCGGCAUGCAGGGGACUGUGGCUAAGCCAAUGGACUGUUAACACAGAAUCCAAGAAAAGUGGAGAUCCUGCUCUUCACAGGUGAGGCCCUGUAACGUGGAUAUCCAAGGCAGCUGCAGGUAAGUCAACAUAUCUUUCUUUCGCAACUACACCGGCUAGGAAUUCAUAUCCUACACCUACACUGCAGUCCUUUUGGGCUGCAAAGUUUAAAAAGAAGUCCAAGGGUUCCUCCACUUCCUUUAGAGGAGGUUGAGGAAAAUACAGAAAACCUGCAGUGACAGGUUCCCAGGAACAGACCUCAGGUUCUGCUUCCUCAAAACCUUCGACAUGAUGGUGGACCUCACUGCCUGGAGACCAGGCAGGUGGGAGCAAGGUUAAAAGUUUUCAGUCACAUCUGGGCGACAUCAUGCCUAGACCCCUGGGUAAAAGCUAUUGCCCAGGGAUACAGACGGGAGUUUCAAUAACUCCCACCUCACAGAUUCAUCAAAUCAGGUUUACCAGCUUCUCAGGAAGACAGUACAAUCCUGCAGGAGGCUAUUCAAAAAUUGGUGCAAACACAAGUCAUUGUUCCAGUUCCACCUCAACUACAGAACAGGGGUUAUUACUCCAAUCUGUUUGUGGUACCAAAACAGGGCGGUUCAGUAAGACCGAUAUUGAACCUAAAAUCCUUGAACCCUUGAGGGUAUUCAAAUUCAAGAUUCAGUCUCUGAGAGCAGUAAUCUCAGGUCUGGAGGAGGGGUAAUUCCUGGUAUUCCUUAAUAUCAAGGAUGCGUACCUUCACAUUCCGAUCUGGCCGCCUCACCAGGCUUAUCUAAGGUUUGCACUACAGGACUGUCACUAUCAGUUCCAGGCAGUGCCAUUUGGCCUCUACAGCACUGAGGGUGUUCACCAAGGUCAUGGCAGAGAUGAUGCUCCUCCGCAAGCAGGGAGUGAACAUAAUUCCAUAUCUGGAUGAUUUACUGAUAAAAGGAUUUUCCAGGGAGAGGUUGUUGCAGCGUACUACUCUCUCAACUCAUCUACUUCAGGAUCAUGGAUUCUGAACCUUCCAAAAUCACAUUUAGAGCCGACAAGGAGACUUUCCUUCUUGGGGAUGAUACUCGACAUGGAAGUUCAUAGAGUGUUUCUUCCAUUGGAAAAAGUGUUGGUGAUCCAAUCAAUGGUCCAGGAUGUCCUGAAGCCAGCCCGGGUAUCGGUUCAUCAGUGCAUUCGCCUUCUGGGGAAGAUGGUAGCCUCCUACGAGGCACUGCAGUACGGAAGAUUCCAUGCAAGAUUCUUCCAGCUGGAUCUCCUGGACAAGUGGUCCAGAUCACAUCUUCACAUGCACCAGCGGAUACGCCUGUCGCCGAAAGCCAGAAUUUCACUUCUCUGGUGGAUGCAGACUUCUCACCUGAUCGUAGGCCACAGGUUCGGGAUUGAAAAUUGGAUUCUUCUAACCACAGAUGCAAACCUUAGAGGUUGGGGAGCAGUCACCCCAGGGGGAAAACUUCCAAGGAAAGUGGUCAAGUUAGGAAGCCAUCCUUCCAAUAAACAUUCUGGAACUAAGGGCCGUAUACAAUGCCCUUCUACAAGCGGCACAUCUUCUAAGAGAUCAAGCUAUUCAGGUUCAGUCGGACAAUGUAACGGCGGUGUCCUACAUAAACCGACAAGGCAGAACGAAGAGCAGAGCUGCACUGUCAGAGGUAACAAGAAUUAUUCUCUGGGCAGAAAGACAUGCAUUGGCGCUGUUGUCAAUCUUCAUUCCAGAAGUGGACUACUGGGAAGCAGACUUCCUCAGCAGACACAAUCUCCAUCUAGGAGAGUGGGGCCUCCACCUGGAGGUGUUCGCGGAGGUUACAAGCCAGUGGGGAGUACCUCAGACAUGAUGGCCUCUCGUCUCAACAAGAAGCUCAGGAGGUACUGUUCCAGGUCGAGAUACCUGCAAGCAGUGGCCGUGGAUGCGCUGAUAACUCUGGGUGUUCCAGUCAGUAUAUGUGUUCCCUCCACUUCCACUCAUCCCAAGGAUUCUCAGUAGAAUCAAAAGAACAAGGCUUCAGGCAAUCCUCAUUGCUCCGGACUAGCCAAGAAAGGCUUGGUACGCGGAUCUUCUGGAAUUACUCAGAGGAUCCGAGGCCUCAUCUCUUUGUGAGGACCUGCAACAGGGGCUAUUUGUUUAUCAAGACUUACCACAGCUACGUUUGAUGGCAUGGAAGUUGAGCGCCAGAUCUUAGCUCGGAAGGGGAUUCUGAACAGGGUGAUUCCUACUCUGAUCCAAGCUAGGAAGGGAGUAACGUCUAAGCAUUACCAUCAGAUUAUGCAUCUUGGUGUGAAUCCAAGAAGUUUCCUACGGUAGAGUUUAAACUGGGGCGUUUCCUCCUCUUUCUGCAAGCUAGUGUGGAUGUGGGCCUACACCUAGGCUCCAUAACGGUCUAGAUUUCGGCCUUGUCCAUUUUCUUUCAGAAACAAUUGGCUGCUCCCCCUGAGGUUCAGACAUUCUUGCAAGGGGUUCUGCACAUCCAACCGCCCUAUGGCACCUUGGGAUCUUAAUGUGUUGUUACAGUUCUUGCAAUCGGAUUGGCUUGAGCAUUUACAGGAGCUAGAUGUAAAGUGUCUUACAUGGAAUGCUGUCACACUGUUGGCCUUGGCAACAGCAAGACGUGUGUCAGAAUUGGGGGCAUUGUCACACAAGAGCCCCUACUUGAGCUCAGAACGCGUCAUCAGUUUCUUCCUAAGGUUGUGUCUGCAUUUUAUAUCUACCAACCUAUUGUGGUGCCAGUGGCUACAGACACCUCGGCUUCUUCAAAGUCCUUGGACGUUGUGAGAGCUUUGAAGAUUUAUGUGAAGCGGACAGCUUGUCACAGGACGCGCUGUUUGUCCUUUAUGAUCCCAAUAAGAUUGGGUGUCCUGCUUCUAAGCAGACAAUUGCUCGCAGGAUCAGGUUUACUAUUCAGCAUGCUUAUUCCAUGGCAGGAUUGCCGGUUCCAAGAUCUGUACAGACCCACUCUACUCGUUCAGUGGAUUCUUCCUGGGUGGCAGCCCGGGGUGUCUCGACUCUACAGCUUUGCCGAGCAGCUACUUGGUCAGAUUCGAACACAUUUGCUAAGUUCUACAAGUUCGAUACUUUGGCCUCUGAGGACCUCAAGUUUGGUCACUCAGUUCUGCAGGACCCUCAGCACUCUCACUCAUGUACUUGGAGCUUUGGUACAUCCCUAUGGUACUAAAUGGAACCCCAGUAUCCUCUAGGACAUAAAAGAAAAUAGGAUUUUAAUUACCUACCGGUAAAUCCUUUUCUCGUAGUCCGUAGAGGAUGCUGGGUGCCCGCCCAGUGCUUCGUAUUCCUGCAUAGUUACGUGGGUAAGUAUUGGUUCAGCUGUUGCAGUUCAUGUUUCAUGAUUUGUUGGCAUGGUUUUCCUUUGGAUAUGUGAGUGCUGGUUCAAAUCUCACCACUGUGUAUUUCCUUCUCAGGAAGUAUGUCCGUCUCAUUGGGCACAGUUUCUAGACUGAGUCUGGUAGGAGGGGCAUAGAGGGAGGAGCCAGCCCACACUGUUAAACUCUUAAAGUGCCCAUGGCUCCUAGUGGACCCGUCUAUACCCCAUGGUACUAAAUGGAACCCCAGUAUCCUCUACGGACUACGACUAUUUUUAUCCAUGUUGUCCAUAGUAAAGUAUUUAAAUAUAGAGAAAAAUCUGUGUAUUAAAGAUAUGAAAUAAAGUUUAAAAACAAAA